AUUAUUAUGCAACGGUGGGGUUGACCUAAUUCUGCAGUUAGCAACUGGAAGAAAGGGGGCGCUAAAAUACAACCGUACACGAAGACCACACGAAGGCGACCUUCGAAUACCUAAAGAUACCAUGGGUGUCAAGGGACUGCAAACCUAUGUGGAGAAGAACUGCCCGCAUGCCUGUGAAAAGGUGAGCCUUAGAAGCCUGGCCCAAGACUACCGAGCCGAGCACGGGAAGACACCAGUGCUUGUUGUGGAUGGCCUGAGCUGUCUACGUGACCACUUCUACCACGGCGGGCUGGCCUGGGUGUAUGGCGGACAGUGGCAGGAGUACCUAACCUCCCUGCGAAAGUUCGUACAGGACUUUCAGUCGGCUGGGAUCAAAGUCGUGUUUAUCUUCGACGGUGUCGUGGAGAAAUCAAAGCGGCCCGUGUGGAUCUCCCGCAUCAAAACUGAGCUCAAAACUGUAAAGAAAAUCUUCCAGCACAUCAGAGCGACCGGAAAGGAGCCUCAUCGAGGUCUUCUUCAUCUUCCGCCAGGUACAGGGAUGUUCGCUGGACUUGGCCUGAAGAGUCUUGGUGCCCGUGUCUACCACUCCUCCGUGGAGGCAGAUCGAGAGAUCGCAGAGUUUGCUCUCUCCGGAGACUGUUUCGGAAUCCUCAGCCAAGACAGCGACUUUCUUAUCUAUAACAUGGGUACUACAUCUUACUUCUCUGCUCAAAAUCUCAAGAGGCAGAGAAAUGACAUUAUGACGGUGAGGUACCGCGUAGAUGUGCUGUGCGACCAUCUCGGGCUCAACCGCUCGGACUUGCCACUUUUCUCGUGCUUGCUUGGCAACGAUGUGAUUUCUUACAAAACGCUGGAAAAAUUUCAUUCUAGAGUAGCACAAGGAUCACAGCUUAUUCCAGCUCUAGCCAGAUUUAUCAACGACCUACCUCUGGAUAUUACUAUUCCUGAUAUUGCUCGUAGAAUUUUCCCUUCCCAAGGCAAAGCUAUAGAGCUAUUUGUACAAGGUUUGCUGUCCUACAUUUUACCUGGUCAAAGCACAAAAUGGUCAAUGCCCGUGUCUAUGCCCAAUAAAGCGCCAUCACUUGAAGAAACAAAGCUGGACAAGAAUUCAAAGUGUCCUAUCAGACAUGUUCGACCAGACAUCUCAGCUGAAAUUCUACAGGAAGCCAAACGGAGACACCAGAAUACAGAGAACAUUAAAGCAAUUUACGAGAUCCUGACAGUAGCAGAGGGGGACAGUGGAGUUCACCUGGAGGAGGCAGACAGUGGCAUCCCUCCCGCCUCUGUUUUCUACAGGCCCAUAAGGGAGAAGCUACAUGGGGUCCUAUACGGGGUGGGGGUGAAACAGCUAACUGGAACAGCCCCAGGAGUUGACCAGUGCAGCAGGCAGAUGUCGGGGCUUGUCAUUGGUGGAGAGGAGAUUGUCGUCGGCCAUAACGCUGCCAAGGAUUGGUCGGCACAUCCUGGGGCGGAGCUGAGAGAACCUGACAUCAUCUUGGCCAAGCCUCUGGACAUGCCCGGGGGCACACCUACACUAGAGGCGCUGUGGUUUGGGCCGGGUGUAAGGACUGUUGCUCUGCGAUGGAAGGCUUUCAGGGCUGGCAUGUUCUGCACCAUACCUACAGACAGAUCCAAGGCCAUCCCUAAGAACCUCAUGGUUCUUGUUGUGGUGCUGCACUACAUGUUGAGCGAGGGUGUGCUGGGGGUUUGGGAGGUGGAUGCCUUCCUCAUACAGGCCCUCCUCUACCUGACUGGUACAAAUUCAGGAGGAGGAUGGUCCCAGUAGACCUGCGGGCAGUGCAGCUGGCUGCCUUAUUCCUGAAGGGCGUGGCUGUUGCCAUAGCGAUGAACUGUGCGUGCGGCUGGCCCCUCACCAUGG